AUGUUUAACAGCACAUUGUAUCUUCCAGGACCAAAGUUACAAGGAUGAAAUUCUUCGCUAUAUUCGUUGCCCUGGUGGCGGCCGUGUCUGCGGACUUCAGCUCAUGGAGCCUGCACGAGCUCUCGGAGGCUAUCCAGAACCCGAACACGGAUCCUGCCAUCCUCCCGGCUCUGACACAGGCUCUGAACGAUCUGAUGGAUGCUAUCGUUGCUGAGAAACCCGUGGUCUCCCCUGUGGUCGUAGAGACCCCUACCGUCGUGGACCUCACUGGCUGGACCCUGAACGACCUCUCGGAGGCUCUUCAGAACCCUAACACCGACCCUGCCCUGAUCCCCCACUUGGAACACGCUCUGAACCAAAUGAUGGAGGCCAUCUUUGGUGGUGUUGAUAUGGAAGCCGUCGGUGUCCCCGCCCCUGCCAUGGAGAUCUCCCACUGGACCCUGCAGCAGCUCGACUCUGCCCUCAGCGACCCCGCCACCGACCCUGCUCUCAUCCCUUACCUCGAGCAUGCUCUUAACCAAAUGAUGGAUGCUCUUUUCUCUGGCCAGCAAAUGGAAGUGAUCAGCGUCGUCGCCCCCGUCGGUCUGGCCCCUGCUCCAGCCCUAGAAACCCCUGUGGUGCCCACUCCCGUGAUCGUCGCCCCUCCCCCUACCCCUGUAGAGACCCCUGUGACCCCCGUCCAAACCCCCGCUAGCCCUCUCGUCCAGAUCAUCGUGAACAUCAAGCAGCAGGAGGCCCCUGUUGUUUCUCCCGCUCCCGUUGUUAGUCCCACCCCUGUGGGUCUUCCCGCACCCGCCAUGGUUUCCACCGAAUGGACCCUGAACCAGCUCGACGCUGCUCUUAGCGACCCCAGCACUCACCCUGCGAUGAUCCCUUACCUCGAAAACGCUCUUAACGAGAUGAUGUGGGACCUUUUCAACGGCCAGCACAUGGAGUCCAUCACCGUGGUUGUCCCCGCUGUCCUGGUCAACGCUAUUGAGCCCAGAUCUUAAACAUCCAAUCCUGCAGACCCAUGUGGAACUUGCCACUGCCGACUCCAAACCAUUGUUAACAUCUGAAACUUGUUAGAUCAUUUUCUGGCUGUUUACACCAAUAAAUGACUUUAUAUUAUUAA